AUGGCUCCCAAGACGGUGCUGAUAACGGGCUGCUCCUCUGGCAUCGGCUUGGCCUUGGCUGUGAAAAUGGCCCGGGACAAACAGAAGCGGUUCAAAGUCAUUGCCACCAUGAGGAACCUGGGCAAGAGAGGGUGCUUGGAAGCGGCCGCCGGCAUCACCCUCAACAAGACCCUGGAGAUCAGACAGUUGGACGUGUGCGACGAGCGAUCCAUCAUCAGCUGCAUCAACGGCAUCCCCAACCGGCACGUCGACAUACUGAUUAACAACGCCGGGGUGGGGAUGAUUGGCCCCAUCGAAUGCCAGACCAUCGAGGAGAUGAAGGGUGUGAUGGAGACCAACUUCUUUGGUGUGGUGAGGAUGAUCAAAGAGGUGCUGCCUGAUAUGAAGAGGAGACGGAGUGGGCACAUUGUGGUUAUCAGCAGUGUCAUGGGCCUGCAAGGCAUUAUGUUCAAUGACAUCUACACAGCCUCCAAGUUUGCCGUGGAAGGAUUCUGCGAAAGCCUCGUCAUACAGGCGCUGAAGUUCAACAUCUUUGUCAGCCUGAUAGAGCCUGGCCCCGUGGUGACAGAGUUUGAGACCAAGGUCUAUGAGGAUGCAGAGAAUGCAGAUUACUCCACGACAGACCCUGAGACAGCAGACAUGUUCACUAACCUCUACCUGAAGAACUCCAAGGCGAUUUUCUCCAGCCUUGGGCAGACUCCCAAUGACAUAGCAGAGCACACUCUGAGGGUGAUCACCGCCGCCAAGCCGCCCUUCCGCCACCAGACCAACGCCGUCUACACACCCAUGACGGCCUUGAAACAUGCCGACCCCACUGGAGCCCUGAUGACCGACACCUUCUACAAGAUGGUCUUCAAGUACGACACGCUCAUGCACAUCAGCCUGAAGGCCAUCAAGGUGAUCCGGUGGCAGGCCCGGAAGAUGAGGCAGGGGGUGAAGAUGCUUGGCUUCAGAUAGGCCAGGGGAACCAGGGUGGAGGGUGAAGAGUGGGCUCCGUAGGGCUGGAAAAAGGCUGGAGAUGUUCCAUGAACAAGGGGUUCAGUGGACAUGUGCCCACUGAACCAGACACUAACCCAAUAUGGCUUCAUUUUAUAGGGUGCCCUUUGCACAAGCUGUACCCAAAAGAACAGGGAGAAGGAGAAAUGAAGAGGCAUUGGCUAUUGGUGGGGGGAAGAGGUGGUAGCUGACAGCUAGAGGCAGCCAGGAGAGAAGGCUUUUGA